CCUUGUUGUUGAAAAUUUAUUGCUUUCAUCAUAUUGUUGUGAUAGGAAAUAAUGGUCUCACUCACUGGAACUACUGGAAGCUUGGGAUGUACUCAAAUCUGCCAGUGCCGCGUUCAGCAUAGAACAUGUACCAGCAGUCGAUGGAGAACACCCAGAGCCGAGAAAGCGGAAGCUGGUGAGGAGGCUUGCUCAACCAGCUCUCAGCCGCAGCAGCAGCAUGAGCAGCGUUGCAAUCACCGGCUAAUCGCAAAUCGCCGCCAAACAUUAGCCCUGGUUCCUGCUGCCCUCCUUGCGCUGCAAAUAUCUGGUGCUGACGCCAGCGAAGGGGAGGGCGGCGGAGGUCCCGAUGACAUCCCGCUGUGCAAGGAGUGUUUGGGGGCCGGGGUGACGCCGUGCGACAUGUGUGGCGGCACCGGCAAGUGGCGGGCGCUGUCGCGCAAGCGCGUGAAGGACACUUACGAGUUUGUGGAAUGCCCCAACUGCUUUGGCCGCGGCGUGCGCGUCUGCGGCGUCUGCUUCGGCACUGGUCUGCGCAACGUGCGCGGGCUCUUGCGCCGUCCGGAAGCCACCGGCCUGGUCGAGAAGAUGCAGCACGGCGAGCUGCGGCCGGGCGAGGUACAGGAGAUCUUGAGGGCAGCGCAGCGAAAGAAAGCAGCUCCAAGUGUUUGAUACAAAAUUCACAACAGUCCUAGCCAAGAGUCGCAGGUUGAUGUUCAAGUGUUGAUGGGGUUUUCUGUCUCAGGCAUAACUGGAGUUGCCAUUGUUUUUAGGCUAG